AGAAGAAUCUUACGUAAUUUAAAUUAGACAAAAACGUCAAACUUUCAUUUUAUGUCAAAUUGACGUUUUUCUCAUCCGAAUUUCAGGUUUCCACUGAAUCAAAAUGCCUGAAGCUAAACCUAGGAACAUUGUGGAGCAAUUCUUUAUGACUGUAGGAAAUGUCUUGGAGGCUCCCGUCGUUUGGGUCCGAGAAAAAGUUGUUGAACCUAAUCAACAGAAAUACGCGUGGUACCAUCAGAAAUUCCGCAGAGUGCCCACAAUUGAUCAGUGUUACACCGAUGAUGUGGUUUGCCAAUUUGAGGCUGACGCUCAAUACAAAAGGGACAAGCAAGUAGAUACUGAAAUUCUUUCAAUUUUACGCGAGAGAUUUGAGGAUUGUGCUUUGUAUGAGGCUCCUGAUCAUUUGGAAAAGUGCACACCAUUACUGAAACAAUAUGAAGAAGCUACUACCAACUGGUUUAUCAAAUAUGGUGAUUUAGGAGCAUACCACAAUGCAAAAACUGCUUACAUGAAACAAAAGCACAGGUUGGUCUGGGAACGUAGAUAUGGCCCAGUUGGAAGUGGCAAGAAUGGAAUGCAGGAAUGUGUUGAAUAAUUAUAAACUACAAUUGAUUUUCACAACAGUAGUAAAUUUUUAAAUUUGGUUUAGUUAUUGUGAUUACAAUAAAGUUAUCAAUAAGAAUA